UCUGCGUCUUCGUCAGAUACCACCCUGAUGCUAACGCGCGCUUCCACCCACUCGUCAAUGGCACCCACUUGGAGGAGAAGCUGGACAAGGCAAAGAGCGAGGAUCCUUGGGGACACAGCACGACCUACCCAAUGUUCCAAGAUGUGCACGUCAUGAUCUUCAUCGGCUUUGGCUUCCUCAUGAUGUUCUUGAAGCGGUACGGCUUCAGCUCGGUGGGGAUCAACUUCCUGAUAGCAGCCUUGUGUCUCCAGUGGGCCAUCCUCGUCAACGGCUUCUUCCAUCUCAAAGAAGGACUCAUUCUGGUGGACCUGACCGCCCUUCUGGGAGCUGAUUUCACCGCGGCCGCUGUCCUCAUCAGUUUUGGCGUUCUGCUCGGAAAAACCACUCCCACCCAGCUUAUCAUUCUUGCUCUCAUCGAAGUCCCUGUCUUUGCCAUCAACGAAGUGAUUGGCAGGACCUACUUCGGGGCUAUUGACAUGGGUGAUUCGAUGUUCGUGCACGUCUUCGGGGCCUAUUUCGGGUUGGCUGCGAGUCUGAUGCUCUACCGCCGUGAUGUCUCGACAGAGAAGGAAGGCUCCAGCUACCAGAGCGACAUGUACGCCAUGAUAGGCACCGUGUUUCUGUGGCUGUACUGGCCUUCCUUCAAUGCUGGCGCUGCCCCGGGGGACGACCAGCACCGCGGCAUCAUCAACACCUACAUCUCCCUCAUCGCCUGCUGCGUCACCACUUUCGCCCUCUCCUCUGUGCUCGACAAAAAUAAGAAGUUUGACAUGGUCCACGUCCAGAACAGCACCCUGGCAGGCGGUGUGGCGGUCGGGACAGCAGCUGACUUGAUGAUCCACCCUUGGGGCGCCGCGCUCCUCGGGAUCCUAGCCGCCCUCAUCUCCGUCAGCGGUUACGUUUAUAUCACUCCACUGUUAGCGUCACGGCUGCGCAUCCACGAUACUUGCGGUGUGCACAACCUACACGGCCUGCCUGGUAUUCUAGCGGCCAUUGCGGGGGCUGUGGCUGCCGCCCUCGCCUCUGAAGCUACUUACGGCCCCAGCCUGUACGAGAUCUUCCCGGCACGUAUUCCUGUGGAGGGUUCCCCGGAGCUGGCGCGGCUGCAGGAGGCGUUGCCAGGCCUGGAGGGCGGUUCCGGGUUAACGGGGAGCAGCCAGGCACUCUUCCAGCUGCUCACCCUUGUCGUCACGUUGGUCAUUUCCAUCGCUGGCGGCAUCGUGUCAGGUUUCAUACUGCGCCUCAGCCCUCUCUCGGUGCUCAAGACGGAGGAACUGUACGAGGAUGAGAAGUGGUGGAUCAUGGAGACUGAGGAUGACGAGGGGCACAAGGGUAGCGUCACUAUCCCCAUGGCAGACAACGGGGCACGAUAGAUGGCCACGCGAAGCCUCAGGAAAGCCAAGCCAGCAGGCCAUUGAAAUGACGAAGAGGAUCGUCGUUCGCAGAUUGCCAGUAUACGCACAUACAUAUACUAUUUUGCAUGUAUACAUAUGCCAAAAGACAAGCACAUAGCUAGAAGUACGUAUAUACAUAUUAUGAAGCUCGAAGGAUGGGGGACUCUCUCUCUCUCUCUCUCUCUCUCUCUCUCUCUCUCUCUCUCUCUCUCUCUCUCUCUCUCUCUCUCUCUCUCUCUCUCUCUGUCGGUUUCAUAGGCAAAUAAAUAGUUCAAAAGAAUUACAGAAAGAAAAAAAAAAGAUAGUUAAGAGCCCCUGUCCCUGGAGUUCCCAAUGAGUAUAUGUGGCAGAGUAGCAGCAUAUAACAGGUUGGUGGUCGCGGGUGGCGAUGCUCACUGCUUACCCAUCACAUGGUCAGCUCAGAGGAGAUUAUCAAAACACCUCAUAAUACGUACGUUAUUAGACUGAAGAUUUCUUUUUUGAUGUGUAGAGUUUUAGUGUGUGUGUGUGUGUGUGUGUGUGUGUGUGUGUGUGUGUGUGUGUGUGCCCUUGUUUGCUUGCAAGACUCAGCCAGCCAACCAACUUCCAGUGUAUCUCCCUCCCAUAGAGCGCUGCUACAAGGAACCAGGUUCUGAAACACUUCCAUGCUGCAUCCUGACUACUUUCAAAAGGCUCUAGUUAAAGUUUACACGGGUUUUCGAGCGUGUUUUUACGGUUCUGAUGACAGAGAAACACUCUUGAGAAUCCGGGUAAUAAUGUUUGUGGCCUUUAAAAAUAAUGGUGAGAGAGCAAAGCGUUUCAGAAUACGGACGGGUUUCUGCAGUUCAAUCUAGAUUUUGUGCUGUGAAACUAGGAAUCUUCUGUCAUUUUGUUGAUGAUAAACUUGUCUCGCCUUCUCGAAUACGGAAAGUCUCUCUCUCUCUCUCUCUCUCUCUCUCUCUCUCUCUCUCUCUCUCUCUCUCUCUCUCUCUCUCUCUCUCAG